AUGCCGGAGCAAGGGGUUUUAAAGGAGGAUAAAAAGGCAAGGUUCUCAAAAGACAAAAAAGAUAACUUCCUGGGACCUCACAACUCCAAGGCAAAAAUUGUUACUCUCUUAAUUAAAGGAAUGGUUAACCCAGAACAUAGAAAAAAAGUGGAGGAGGAAUUAGUGAGAGUCCGAGGCCUCAUUAGCAUUGUGUUUGACCUGGGGAAUUCCCGUGUGACCUGCAGAGUAAAGCGUGACUUGUCAGUGGAAAAAUUAGCAGCUGCUGUAGCACGCACAGAAACUCUGUUAGCCCAGCAGGUUACCACAAAUUCUGAUGGUGAAGAGGAAAUUAUACCAUUAGGAAAAACAGCAAAAGAUACGACUUCUCCAGUUGAAGAGCUGCCAGACUACCUGCCAGAGGAAGACACACCAGUGAAGGAUGCAUCAUCGGCCAUGGCUCCCACGGGAAGCUUUGCGGAAACUGCUGCAACAUGGCUCUCCACUGCCAGUAACCUCCUUCAGAAGUCCUUCUAUUGGUGACUGUGUACAGGAAUAUUAUACAGUGGACCCCCGGUUAACGAUAUUUUUUCACUCCAGAAGUAUGUUCAGGUGCCAGUACUGACCGAAUUUGUUCCCAUAAGAAAUAUUGUGAAGUAGAUUAGUCCAUUUCAGACCCCCAAACAUACACGUAUAAACGCACUUACAUAAAUACACUUACAUAAUUGGUCACAUUCGGAGGUAAUCGUUAUGCGGGGGUCCACUGUAUAUUGUUUCUUCUCUCAUUUUGUUUCUCCUGCAGUAUAACAUAAGUUACAUGUAACAAACCACCCACUCAAAUGUUUGGACAUGGAGUGAUGAGCCAAAAAAUAGAAUUAUGAAAUAGUGCACAGCAUACAAAUAAGCACAGUACAUACAGUAAAACUCCUAAAUUCAUUAAUUUUUUAAUGCAUGCUUUGAAUAUAGUAUUGUGUUUCUAAAGGGCAUCUCGAUAAUUUUUUGUGGUACCAAUUCAUUUUUGGUUUAAUGUGACCACAGUCUCUGAAUCAACAACUAAUCAUUGGAGUUUCUUCAGACUGUGCUCGCUAUAUUUUCCAUACUCGGCUCUCUCUCUUUUUUUUUCUAGUCUAGGCAUUAUUUCUUAUGAAUGUCAGCAUUAACCAGAUUAGUGAUAGAGAUAUGAAAUGCAAAAUAACAGCAAAUCCAAAACAAAAUUUGUUAUAUGCAUACAGAAUUUUGAAUUCUCGAGGGCCUCUAGGACACUUGUGAAUUUAGGUCUUUGUAUAUUUGGUGCUCAAUUGUAUUAUUAAGAAGGGAUUACUGAUUUAGGUGAUUUUCAUAAAAGAAUCUCUGAAUGAAAAAAGUUCCAGAGAAAACUUCAGUUUGUUCUUUCGAAUUUUGUAAAUGUUGAUAACUGCAGUUCAGUAUGCAAAAAUGAUUCAAGGAAUCUUUCAUUCAGGCACUAGGACAGUGUCAAUUGUGAAAUGUACAGUUUGAUGGCAUUUAGAUAUUGGUGCUUAGAAAAAUACAAUGUUUUGCACUGUAGAAAAGCUGACAUUUUCAUGCAAGAUUAUUUGCAUUUUAUUGUAAUAGCUCAUUUUGGUGUUAUUGCAGUCAUCUGUUUGCACGUGUAUGUUAUGUGUGGUCUGUGAGACAGAAUUAGAUAAUCACAGCUUUUAGUAUGUACUUACUCUUAAAGAUUACAAACCUUUCAAGGUUAACAUACAGAGGAUUAUCCUAAUUGUUUAGUGUGGAAAUUUCUUUGUCACAUACAGCACAAGACUUCAAUUGAUAGCUUUUACAUUAACAUGGAGGUGUAUUACCAUUAAUAUUAUGGUAUUGCAUGUAGUAUUACUGUAUAAUGGUGGCUGCAUUGCUUCUUAUAUUAAUAAUACUGAAUAUUAUGUUCAUUUUAGAAAUUUACAUAGGUGUAGAUUUAAUUUUAGCAGCUGGUAUAUUACUUGCCAAUAUACUCAGGGUAGGAAUAAGAUAUUUGUAGGAAACUACUGUGAAUAUAUUAUUUUUUAAAAAUGUAUGAUUUUGUGUACUGUACUGAAUGUACAUGUUCAUUGAUUUCACAAAAACAUAGAAAUUGGCAGUUUUAUAAGUGGGGAGCUACCUAGUAAGCAGAUGUAUCAGGUUCCCAGUGAGAAAAUCCCUGAGGGAUUUAAUAAUUCUUUGGAGUCCUAAAUUGUCAGAACAAGAAAACUUGUCUAUUGUAUAAAGAUUUGUGUGUCAUGGAUCCCUGGCCCACUGAAGAAACCUGUUUUGACUACAGAGAUACAUGUUUUGUAUGUCUCAGAGCAGAAAUCAUUUUAUUGGCAUUACAAAGCAAAGACUGGAAUCUAACAAAAAGUUCAUAGGGUCCCAGAAAAAUCAUCCAGACUUUCAAGCAUCUCAUAUUCAUUAUUAACUUCAAUACGGUAGUCCCCCAGUGUCCAAAUCCAGUGUCUGACAUCAUUACAAAUUCUGUAGAUAAUUAAAACAAGUGCAAUCCCUUAAUACAGAAAAAAACAAAAAAAUAGUAUAUUUCAUGUACAGUAUUUGCUUCUCUACAAUAGUUUCAGCAUGGAUAUGUAUGGUACAAUUAUCAUAUGUUCUUUACAAUAAUACAGAUAUCUUUUGUACAUGAGAAAACCAGUUGCUGGUGUGCCUAUCACAGUGUGACUUAUUAUUGUACUUGUGAGGACGCACUAAAUUCAUAUCAGUCAUACAGUGACUGGAGAAUGGGAGAUAAUUAGGAAGGGUAGCUCCAGUUUCUUAAGUCAAGAAACCUUAUCUGGUAUUGCAACAUCCUCUGGAAGAGACAAUGUGAGGUAGGUGAUAAAAUAAUGUUGGGGCAACAUGCCCAUGGAUAAUGUACCCUCUUUAAUGCUUCUUUCUAUUAGUUAUAUUGCCAGGGGUAUUACAAUCAUUUUGCAUGUACAUGAUAUUACAGAUACACAGAUUUAGUACUUUUCAUGGAUAAAAUAAUAAUAAUAUAUCAUGAAUGUGUGGGUUUAGCACUUUUUGUUAAGAAAUUAAUAAUAGAAUGAUAGGAGAUAAUAUUAUAAAUACUACUCUUCAUCACUUUCCAUUAAAUGCUUUUUCAGAGUAUGUCGAGAAUGUCUGAAAACAAGUGCUGGUAAGUGUGAGAGAAAGUGCAUGGGAAAGGUGAAAGGAUGGAAAGGAUGCUCAUGGAUAGUGGCUGGUGUACUAAAUAGGGAUGUUAAAACUUUGCAGUUUCAUUGGUACAUUUAAAGAUGAGUUAAAUAUUGAUGUAUGGAAAGUCAAACCCUAAGUAUAUGCGGGAAUCGUGAUGAUUUAGUUUUCUUCGAUCGGGUCUUUUAUAGAGUAAACCUUUCCUCCAGUUCAUGUUUGUGAUAUUGCUCCUGCCUUGAUUGUAGACCCAAAAAUAGGUACAUUCCUUUAUAUCCUCUGUAUCCAUCCAUGUCAGUAGGUUAUAUCAUUCUGAAAUACCAUUAAUGUAUUUUUAUAUGUAUUUAAAUUUUAUUUUUAUAUUUGGCAGUAAUUUACAUUAAAUCAGACAGUAAAAUUUCUUAAUCUAAAAUAUAAGAAAUACUUAAAAGCUUUAUGUAUAUUUUAUAUUUUAAGAGUUGAAAAAAAAGUUAUUUGGUACAGAAUUUAAUUUUGUUAAAUAAUAACAAACUAUAAAGUUUUGUACUGUAUCUUAAUUGUAAUGUGUUGAAAAUAUGCAAAUACUGUUUGAUAAAUGAGUCCUGGACGUUUUGUUUUAUACAGGAACCUGUAUAAGUUAUUCAGAGCAGUUAAAAUGUUUCCAUCACUAUGUUUCAUAGUGUUGAGUAAUACUGUAUACUGAAGACUGGCAUCACAUUGUGUACAAAGAAUUAUGCACAUCCAAAUCAUGGAACAGGUGAGGGUUCAAGACCCACCAGUUCCACGAUUUGUUGACAAUUAUGUUAGGAUUUCAUGAGUCUUGAUUAUACAUCCAUUGUGGCUCCUCAAUUUAUAUUCUUAUUUAAUGCUAAACAUAACUAUUUGUGUAAGAAUAAGUUCACAAGUGUGUGUUGAAGGCAGGAUGAAAGCAUAAAUACAUAGAAAAACUUUAGGCAUUCAGUGUGUUAGUGUUGUGUCGAAUAGGUAAAACUUGCGAUUUUGGCUUAAAUAGCAACACUUCUUGCCAAAUUAGGCAAGUGAAAAUUUGUGUUUGCAGUAAUUUUGCAAAAAUCAUUCUGAACCUAACCAAAAAAAAUAUAUUUCAUCAUGUUUGUUUAUUAUUAAUUACAUAUUGUCAACUUAUCUAAAGUUGACCAAUUUUACCUAUUCGGCAUGACAUUGAUGUGAAUUGGUUUAAUAUGGUGUCACGUUUUAGAGUACAGGAGAGUCCUAUCAUGUGAGCAUCCAAGGAUACACACAUAUGAACUUACAAAUGGGGCACUUUGUAAACAAAAAAAUUCUACAGCCACCAAGCCACAGUAUGAGAAUGUCUGAAGCAAACCAGUCCUUUCUGCUGUUGUUGAAAAAUCAGUAUCAGUGUAGCUUGUCAAAGCAUAGCUAUUUAUCUUUUUGUUAUUUCAGUUUUAUGUAUAGUAUUUUAACCCUUUGAGGGUCGACAGGCCCUCUCAGAAACUCAUUCUCAGGGUCGGCCAAAUUUAAAAAAAAAAAAAAUUAUUUUUUUCUUAUGAAAAGAUAGAGAAUCUUUUCCCGAUCAUAAUGACACCAAAAUUAUGUGAUUUGAUGGAAAACUUACGGAAUUAUGCUCUUGCAAAGUUAGCGGUCACUGCGAUGUUUACGCAUCGGCGAUUUUGCCCAAUUUGAGCCCCAUUUUCGGCCAAUUCCUCUGUACUAGUCGACAAAAAACAUGAAUAUUUAGCUAAAACUACAUUUUUUCUAUUGAAUGAGUACAAGAAACCACCCAUUUACCAUUUUCAACUAUCCAAUACAGUGGUCAGAAUUUAGCAAUUUUGCCAAUUUCACACAAAUUUCAAAAAAUGCCAAUUUCCGAAUAGGGUCCAGAACAAACAAGAAAUACAUUCCUGGCACUAAAAUGACAUUUCUUCUGUUCAUUAGUCACGUCUCAAGGCCCCUUUUACAUUCUUUUGCUUUCCACUUUGAAUUUUUAUUCUCACGAAAAAUAGAAGAUUUACUGUUAUGCAGACUACUGCAUUAGUGUAAAAAAUUAUAUAAAUCAUAUUGGCGCACUUGCAAAAGAAUGUUAGACUCACCAUUUGACGUGUAUUGGACGCUUGGCAUGAUUUGUUUACUUUUGAACUUUGGUAAAAAUCGAACAUUUCUCCUACUUUGAGCUCAAUUUCAAGGUAUUUUUCAUUGUAAAACCAGUGAAAAUCAUCUCAAUUUCUGUGAAAUGCAUUCAAUUCUAUAAAAUGAGACCAGGAAAACUAGAAUACAACAAUAAAUACCAUACGAAAAUACAGAGCAAAGUCGCUGUUUUAUGCCAAAAAAACGGUGAAAGUUUUUUUUUUCUCAUUAUGCACUGUAUGCUGCAGGAUUUUUUUUAUACUGUGCAUACUGACCACAUAGACCCAUUCUUUCAUAUGGAGGCCUACCAGCCUUUUCCUGCGAGAUUUGAUGGCGCUAGAAUUUAUGCGUACUAGUACACGUACGUCAAAAACCCCUGCGCGUAAGACGUACUAGUACGUCCGAAACCCUCAAAGGGUUAAGGGAGCUAUUCACUUCACUAUUAAUUUAAUGAAUAACAUAUUUAAAUCCAGCCUACAAGAAUAUACGUGUACAAGUAGAUGUGCACAGAUAUUCACAUAUGUGUAUGUGAAUACAGGAUUAUAUACACAAAUUCCUUACUAACAUAAUUAUAUGUUUCUGAGGCAAAUUAUCAUGUUAUUGGUGAAUUUGUGAAGCAAGUUAUCAUUGAUACAGAAUUUGUGAUUAUUAUUUACAAAUGAAAAAAAAAAAAAAAAUCAGAUAUUGUUGAUGGAAGGAAUGUCAAAAGAUUUUUAUCCUUUAAAGGGAAGGACAAGAAGGUUCAUUCAUAAUAGUGGAAGCCUUCUAAUAUGAGGAAUUGGAGCUAGCUUCUCUUGUAUCAGACUUGAUUACCUCCACCCUGCCCAGUAUCCAGGUUUGGCAUUUCCUCAUAGUAAUAUCAGUAAUAGUUAUUAUAAAAAAAAAAGGUGAGUGGUAUAUGUGGAGACAAAAAACGUUAUCUAUGGAGGCAAAGAAGAGAAUGUAUGAAAGUAUAGUAGGACCAACACUCUUAUAUGGGUGUGAAGCUUGGGUGGUAAAUGCAGCAGCGAGGAGACGGUUGGAGGCAGUGGAGAUGUCCUGUCUAAGAGCAGUGUGUGGUGUAAAUAUUAUGCAGAAAAUUCGGAGUGUGAAAAUUAGGAGAAGGUGUGUAGUUAAUAAAAGUAUUAGUCAGAGGGUUGAAGAGGGGUUGUUGAGGUGGUUUGGUCAUUUAGAGAGAAUGGAUCAAAGUAGAAUGACAUGGAGAGCAUUUAAAUCUGUAGAGGAAGGAAGGCGGGGAAGGGGUCGUUUUGUGGGCGCGGGGCUUGGACUUCCAGCAGGCGUGCAUGAGCGUGUUCGAUAGGAGUGAAUGGAGACGAAUGGUAUUUGGGACCUGAUGAUCUGUUGGAGUGUGAGCAGGGUAAUAUUUAGUGAAGGGAUUCAGGGAAACCGGUUAUUUUUAUAUAGUCGAACUUGAGUCUUGGAAAUUGGAAGUACAAUGCCUGUGCUCUAAAGGAGGGGUUUGGGAUAUUAGCAGUUUGGAGGGAUAUGUUGUGUAUCUUUAUAUGUAUAUGCUUCUAAACUGUUGUGUUCUGAGCACCUCUGCAAAAACAGUGAUUAUGUGUGAGUGAGGUGAAAGUGUUGAAUGAUGAUGAAAGUAUUUUCUUUUUGGGGAUUUUCUUUCUUUUUGGGUCACCCUGCCUAGGUGGGAGACGGCCAACUUGUUAAAAAAAAAAUAAUGAAAAUAAAAUAUAAUUCUCAGUUACUAUGGGCUCUUUGAUUAUAGCUGUAUAGGGUGAAGCAAAAUGUAUUAGUUUGAGAUGUUGCUUCUAUAAAAUAAAGUCAUUGUUAUGUCUUGGAACACUCAUCUAUAAACACUUAUAAGCUAGUUUUUAAAAAGUUGUUUUUCAGAAUGAAACAAGUUUUUAAUUAAAAAAGUCUCAUGUAUUCAUCAAACCAUUUUUCGUUGAAGUUGUGCAUAAGUUGGACUAAUAGUAAUUGUUAGAAUGUGAACCUGAGGAUAGGUGCAGUAAAUUAACUGAAGGAAACUGCUGGAGGUUCAUAGUGAUUCUGACUAUUGGCAUCUUGAAGAGCAAGACGACUGAGAGAAACAUCUAUAGAGAAACAUCUGGAGCUUGCUUUGUUUUGUCGACAUGUACAAUGUAUGCUUGCUGAGGUUAUUACGUUAUAUAUAAUAGUUAUUGAUAGAGCUAGUCUCUUGCUGCUGUAAUUAGCCAGCCCAUUUCUUAAGAUCAUUUCAGAAUUGUGGGAAAUGAGACAGGUCCUUUGAUGACCUUUUUUUGUGAUGAAAAUUAUUACUAGUAAAGUGUAUCUCUGAUAAAUGUUUCAGGCCUACCCUGUAUAGGUGUUGCUGAAUGCACCAAGGAAUUUUCUUUUGCAAUAAUGCAGAGAAUAGUGUUUGUUAUCUUUCAUGUAAUAUGCAUCCACAGGAUUACAAAUUGUGUAGAUAACUUUAAGUACAAUGUUUGAUGUUAUUCCCCUGAGUGUAUGACCCAUCACUUGCUCAUACUCUUUAUCACAACUUUUAACCAUUCCACUUGCCUUUGAAUGUUUACAGCAUUCCAUAAAUAUUAACAGGAGAUUUUGUUAUCUAAUGUUCAGUUACAAACUCUGAUAUGUACAUAGUUAUAUUUUAAUGGAUAAAUAAAUGCCACAGAAAUC